AUGUCCGAGGUCCAACGCAGCCUCCGCAGCAUGGCCUGGGAGCUGCGCAAGUGGCGGACGGGCGCAGCGGCGGUGUGGGCGCUGGCCGCGGCAGCGCUGACGGUCACCCUCGCCUCGGCCACACCCUCGCUGCUCUGGCUCUGGCCACCGUACUGGCUGAGACUCGCUCUUCGCUUUCUUCCGCUCACAUGGCUCUUUGCCCGCUCGGCUCCGGCAAGUCUCGCCCAUGGCUCCUUUGCAGAUGGCGCGGUGCCUGCUGAGAUCCAUGGGGUGACCCCUGCGCUCGCUGGCGUCCUUGUCGGCGGCGUGCUGGGCGGGACGGUUCUGGCGGCGGCGGCAGGCUUUGCGCUUGUCCGCUCGGCGCUCCGGCUUGUUCCGCUCAAUGCGGUUGACUCGUCGGCUCGGUACCUCCGACCCAAGUACGUGCUGUUUGUGGGCGUGUUUGGCGCACUGACGCCGCUCGCUACCUGGGCCAUGCUCUGGCUCCGCGGCUCGGAGCUGGCCAGCCCGCUGCUCGCCAUCGACGCCUCGCCGCCCGACGCCACGCUCCGGCUGGAGAUGACGUGCGUCGACGAGCGGUUUGUGUACAUGUUUGUCCACUCGGGAGUCCUUGGCCUUGUCUUUGCCGCCGCCCACCUUGGUUUUGAGCGCUACCAGCUCGCCUUUCCGCGCCUGGCCCUCUCGCGGCGGUUCCGGAUCCGGGCUCUUGUCCCAGGCCUUCUGGUCCGCUCGGCGAAGCUUGUGGCGCUUGUCUCGCGGCUUGUGGCCGGCGGGUGGAUGGCGGUCUCGCUGGCGGCGCACGGUGCGUCGCUGGCGGGCGCCGCCGCCGUGGCGCCGUUCCUCAACGCUGCCACCGGCAUGCCGGUCUACGCGCUGCCGCUCCUCGGCACGCCGCUGUGCGCCACGCCUGCGCGCUGGUUCGACCCGAUGCUCUCGCUGCACAUUGCGGCGGCGUCGGUCCUUGUGGUUUUCAUCUUUGACUUGACCAACUCGAUGGCCGAAGUCUUUCUCACCCAGCCUCACGCGUUUGUGGGCGGGACUCACUCCAACUCGUCGGCGCUUCUCAUUGCGGCGCUCGAGUACUAUGACGACCCGCUUGUCCGCCACCUUGCCUUCCUCGACCUGCACAUGGUGGCCGAGUUUGACGAGCGCCGCCGCAUGGCGCUCUUUCUCGAUGACUCGGGCAAGGCGUGGACCAAGCUCCUCCGUCGCCUGCUCGAGGUGGUUGACGGGCUCACCAUCCAGAUGGCAGCCUGGCGGGUCCGCGAGACCGAGGCCCUUGCCGCCGUCCGCGCCGGCCCGUACACCACCUCGACCCUGCUGUACUGGUGGUUCCAGCGGCAUGUGAACCCACUCGCCAAAGCCUCCGGCGCCGCGCCGUACGGCGACGACACCUCGUACGACGCGUGGCUUGCGGCGCGGAUGCCCGACCCCUCGCAGACUGCCUCGCUCUGGGCUAUUCUCGGCGACGCCGUCCGUGUCCGCCCUCUUCUUGCCGCCCUCUUCUACCGCUCGCCGGCGGCACACACCCGCUCGCUCUUUGACGACCUCUACCUCCAGCUCUGGUGCGUAGGCGCGCUUGGCAAGCUUGCCGCCGCCGCCAAGACCGACGACGCCUACGGCAUUGUCCAGCGGACACUACCGGACCUCACUUCGGCGCUCCUCGCCGUCGCCGUCGAGCUCGACGAGCAGAUGUCCACCGUCUCGGUCCUCAACCCGCCGCUCACCGGCCCGCUCGAGGGCCACCAGCUCGUCCGCCCGCAGACCCUCGCCCUUGGCUCAGUCCUCAACACCUCGCUCUACCUCAUCGUCACGACGUACUACGCCUCGCUCCGCACCUUUGCCUUCCCCACACACUACGCCGCCAAGCUUCAGCAGUACGCAGACUUUACCAUCUAGCAAGCUUGCUUACACCUCGACGUGCGCAAUCUCGUCUUGGAUGUGGUGGAGGCCGUCGACCGCCGCCCGCUGCCGGCGGGCCAUCUCGUCGCGGAGCGCAUGGACCUGGUCACGCGCCGCCCCAGCCUCGCGGCGGAGCUCGGCAAUCUCGCCCUCGGUUCGCGUCCGGAGCUCGGCAAGCGUCCGCUCCGCCGCCGCCGCCCGCGCCUCGGCGUCGGCGGCGCGCGUCUCGGC